UUCUUGUCACCGAUCUCUUCAGCUUUUAGGUAAAUCCGAGGAAGAGACCCGACCUGCCCGGCCCAGCUGUACAGCAGUGAAUAUUCCCAGUAGCAAGGAACAAAGGACAUAGGCCAAGAUGGAUGCCAUGCUGGAGACCCCCGAGCUCCCGGCCGUGUUUGACGGGGUGAAGCUGGCCGCGGUGGCCGCCGUGCUGUACGUGAUCGUCCGCUGUCUGAACCUGAAGAGCCCCACCGCCCCCCCGGACCUCUACUUCCAGGACUCGGGGCUCUCCCGCUUUCUGCUCAAGUCCUGUCCUCUUCUGACCAAAGAAUACAUUCCGCCCUUGAUCUGGGGGAAAAGUGGACACAUCCAAACAGCCUUGUACGGGAAGAUGGGAAGGGUGAGGUCGCCACACCCGUAUGGGCACCGGAAGUUCAUCACCAUGUCCGACGGGGCCACUUCCACCUUCGACCUCUUCGAGCCCUUGGCUGAGCACUGUGUUGGAGAUGACAUCACCAUGGUCAUCUGCCCCGGAAUCGCCAAUCACAGCGAGAAGCAGUACAUCCGCACCUUCGUGGACUAUGCCCAGAAGAACGGCUACCGCUGCGCCGUGCUCAACCACCUGGGCGCCCUGCCCAACAUCGAGCUCACCUCGCCCCGCAUGUUCACCUACGGCUGCACCUGGGAAUUCGGAGCCAUGGUCAACUACAUCAAGAAGACCUACCCCCUGACCCAGCUGGUCGUCGUGGGCUUCAGCCUGGGCGGCAACAUCGUGUGCAAAUACUUGGGGGAGAGACAGGCGAACCAGGACAAGGUCCUGUGCUGCGUCAGCGUGUGCCAGGGGUACAGCGCGCUGAGGGCCCAGGAGACCUUCAUGCAGUGGGACCAGUGCCGGCGCUUUUACAACUUCCUCAUGGCCGACAAUAUGAAGAAGAUCAUCCUCUCGCACAGACAAGCCCUCUUUGGAGACCAUGUAAAGAAGCCCCAGAGCCUGGAGGACUCGGACUUGAGCCGCCUCUACAUGGCCACGUCCCUGAUGCAGAUCGAUGACAACGUGAUGAGGAAGUUUCAUGGCUACAACUCCCUGAAGGAGUAUUAUGAGGAAGAGAGCUGCAUGCGGUACUUGCACAGGAUUUACGUGCCCCUCAUGCUGGUGAACGCCGCCGAUGACCCCCUGGUACACGAGAGCCUCCUGACCAUUCCGAAGUCUCUCUCAGAGAAGCGGGAGAACGUCAUGUUCGUGCUGCCGAUGCACGGGGGCCACCUGGGCUUCUUCGAGGGCUCCAUGCUGUUCCCCGAGCCCCUGACCUGGAUGGACAAGCUGCUGGUCGAUUCCAAAGUGGGGCCUGAGUCUGGAGAAGGCUCUUCCCGGGUUGUUCUGCCAGCAGAUUUCUGGUCCAGCAGCCUGCCUGCUGUAGCCUGUCGGACGGAGACCGUCUUUCCAAAGCGUGUCUUCUGA